GGACUACGGCUCCCGGCGGGCCUCGCGGCGACGGAGUACGGCGACCCGCGGGCCGGCUGAGCUGCUGCGAUGCUGGUGGCUGCGGCCGCAGAGCGGAACAAGGAGCCUAUCCUGCGUGUGCUGCGGCAGUACAUGGACCCGGCCCAGCGCGGCGUUCGAGUGCUCGAGGUGGCCUCUGGCUCCGGCCAACACACGGCCCACUUCGCGCGGGCCUUCCCCCACGCCGAGUGGCAGCCGUCCGACGUGGACCAGCGCUGCCUGGACAGCAUCUCGGCCACCACUCAGGCUCAGGGCCUGUCCAACGUGAAGGCCCCGCUGUACCUGGACGUGACCUGGGAUUGGGAGCAUUGGGGCGGGAUCCUUCCCCAGUCGCUGGACCUGCUGCUCUGCAUCAACAUGAUCCACAUCAGCCCCCUCAACUGCACCGAGGGGCUCUUCAGAGCAGCAGGACACCUGCUCAAACCCAAGGCGCUGCUGAUCACCUAUGGGCCUUAUGCCAUCAAUGGGAAGAUCACUCCGCAGAGUAACGUGGACUUUGAUCUCACUCUUAGAUGCAGGAACCCUGAGUGGGGGCUGCGGGACACAGCCCUUCUGGAGGACCUGGGCCAAGCCAGUGGCCUGCUCCUGGAGAGGAUGGUGGACAUGCCAGCCAACAAUAAGUGCCUGAUAUUCCGGAAAGAGUAACUUUCUCCUGCAUGUUUCUGUCUCCACCAAGACCCGUUCUGGAAUAAACCCAGAUGCCAGCCCCUGCCCCCCAGGGCUGGGCCCUGGGGGCUGCCCUUGCUUGGUCUGGGGGCUCUUGGCUGGUGGCCACUGGGCUGCUUAGAACCUGGGAAUAAAGUGUUUCUUGCUGCUCA